GGCUCUCGCCUGCUGCUGACUACACAAUCCAACAUGGAGUAACGAGAGAUGGGGCUCCUCUUCGAGACCAGCGCGCAGGAGACGCGAGGCGAGAAACCGUCGAUAUAGCCACCGGGAUGUCGCAUAACGCGAGGAUUAACCAGAUGCAUUGCAAACCGUGACGGAUAAAGUGCAGUGCGCGGAGAAAGAACGAGAAUAAGGAACGCCGAGACGGAUUUGGGGGAAACUCGUUGAUGCACUGGACUUUAAAAAAGGCGAGGUGGAAAAUCGAGACGACAUGAAGCCCGAACGCUGCGUGCCCGCGGUGGGAUAUUAUUUCUAUUGUAGGUGAAACGUGGGGAAACAUGACUGAGGAAUCGCACCCAGACGAUGACAGUUACAUAGUGCGAGUGAAAGCUGUGGUGAUGACGAGGGAUGAGUCUAGCGGGGGUUGGCUGGCUCAGGAGGGCGGUGGUCUCAGUCGAGUGGGUGUCUGUAAGGUGGUCCCAGCUGACCUGGAGCUCCUGGGACGGAACGGCUUUCUCAUCUUUGGAGAGCGACUCAAAGACAAGCAGGUGAUCCUGCAGUGCUUUCUGAAGAAGGAUCUGGUCUACACUAAAGCCACGCCCACUUUCCAUCACUGGCGAGUGGACAACAGGAAGUGUGGCCUGUCUUUCCAGAGCCCCGCUGACGCCCGAGCGUUCGAUCGCGGCGUGAGGAAGGCCAUCGAGGACCUCACAGAGGGCUCCACUACUUCUUCCUCCACACUACAGAAUGAAGCCGAACUGGGUGAUGAUGAUGUUUUCACGAAUGCCACAGACAGCUCGUCUAACUCUUCUCAGAAGAGAGAGACGUCCAUGCAGACGCUCCACGCACCAAUCAGCUUCUCCGAGCCCCACCACUGCAUUCUGGGACAUCUCUACGACCAACACAGACACUCUGACCGCUUCUACCUGGAACAGACGGUGCCCAUGUUCCCGUGUUCCCGUCACGUAAGGUUUCACGAGGAAGAGGAGGAGAUCGUACGGAUUAACCCACGCGAACGCUCUUGGUUAACGGGCUACGAGGACUAUCGCCACGCCACCACAGCGACACGGGCCAAACCUCUGCGGCCGGACGCCACGGACGCUUACGUUCACCUCGCCAAGAGCGAACCUCCCAAACACGACUACACUUACUCGUACCCACUCAGUGGGGAUGGACACACUCCCCGCGACGGCAAAACGGGCAUCGGCGGCGGCGUGGUCACCGGUCAGCCACGGGCGCUCACCGCCAAAUGGCUGCCGCGACGCGUGGAGGACAGCAGAGAGCGCUUACGGUGCGUGUACUGUCAAAACAUGUUCAGUCCGGCCGAAAACAGACGCGGGCGCUGCCAGGAAGCUCCGGACCCCGUGCAGACAUGCAUUCGCCGGGUGAGCUUCAUGUGGUGCGCGGACAGCCUGCUCUACCAUUGCAUGUCGGACCCCGAGGGCGACUAUUCGGACCCCUGCUCAUGCGACGCCAGCGAAGAGCGCUUCUGCCUGCGCUGGCUAGCUCUCCUGGGACUGUCGCUGCUAGCGCCCUGCAUGUGCUGCUACGCGCCGCUGCGAGCGUGUUACCAAUGCGGCGUCGCGUGCCACUGCUGCGGCGGCAAGCACAAGGCCUCGGGGUAAGCGGGAAAACGUGAGCACACCUGCAGCUGGGAAAAAUGACAAAUUAAAAUUGGAAGAACGAACUUAUGGCUGCAUUUGUGUUUCACUUUGUUGUUGUUUCUCCUUCCCACUGAAUUUCAGAGGGUUGGUCCAUUUUUGUUUCAUUAUCUCAAUUUAAUUGUACUGGACAGCUGUCCUGGUUUGUAUUUUUCUUUGUUUUUAAAAGAGUAACCCUCAGCUUCCAUUUAAAAGACUACACACUAUAAAUAUUCAUUUAUAUAUGAAAAGUAUAUAUAAAUAUAUGUAGAUAUAAAUAUAUAAAUCCAGGUACUUUAUAUUUUUAUGCUCAUGUGCUUUGAAGGUUUGAAUUGUAAUCUUCCUUCCGUCUCGUCUGUGUUUAAAUAAGUUUGUUUGAUUUGAUUUUACUCUCCCGUUAGCCUUUCGUUAUGUCUCUCCAGUCAGAGGCGUCUCUUCUACUGUGAUCCACUCCGUCUAGAUAAGACAAACACAGAGGAAUCCAAAAUAGCUGACCUGUAGGAUGGUAGAUCUUGUGUGUGUGUGUGUGUGUGUGUGUGUGUGUGUGUGUGUGAGGUCAGAACGGAUGUGGGAAAUUACAUUUUGCCAAAUUGCCAAUAUUAAUUCGCUGUGUGGAAGAUGGGAAACACAUUGCUGCCCAAAUGUAAAGUAUGUGUGUUAGCGAGUCUAAUGUGCAGGUCAUAUUUUACCCCAAAAUCAAAAGAAAACAGGCUUUAUUUGGCCUAUAUUAGGAGCUUUUAGCAUUGUGGCAUUAUUUUUAUGACAGUUAUUUCCCAUCCAAAGUGUCAGUACUAUGGAAGACCGUUUCCGGCACU